CGAAACGCAACUCGAAGCACCUUCCUCUUUGCCUCCUGCCCUCCGCUGCUUCGCUUGCCCCGGCCCCUUCCCUCCCGAACCUGCGCGCUACCCCCUGAUGGCUGCGGAGAUGGACGUCGACGCCGCCGGCGGCGGGGAGAGGCGGCCGUCGGAGAAGGAGCUCUUCGGCGCUGCGGAGUCCGGCGACGCCUCCGCGUUCGCCUCCCUCUCCCCCGCCGACCUCUCCCUCCGCAACGAGGACGGCCGCUCCCUCGUCCACGUCGCCGCCGCCGCCGGGCAUCCCCAGGUAGUGCUCGCGCUCCUGGAAGCAGGUGGUGAGGCUGCGGCGAGCGUCCUGAACGCGAAGGACGAGGAAGGGUGGGCGCCGAUCCACUCCGUGGCGAGCGCCGGAAACGCACAGAUCAUGGAUAUCCUUCUUGAGCGAGGUGCUGAUGUUGACCUGACUACUGAUGGUGGUCGAACUGCUCUUCAUUAUGCUGCAAGUAAAGGGAGGCUUAACAUAGCUGAAAAACUAAUAGCACAUCGUGCAAAUGUCAACAAGAAAGACAAGUUUGGCUGCACGCCCUUGCAUAGAGCUGCAAGCACUGGAAAUGCUGAGCUGUGCGAAUUCCUCAUUGAGGAAGGUGCCGAAGUUGAUGCUGUUGACAGGACUGGACAAACACCUCUGAUGCAUGCAGUUAUAUGCGACAAUCAAGGGGUUGCUCUUCUGCUAAUUAGGCAUGGUGCUGAUGUUGAUGUUGAGGACAAGGAAGGAUACACUGUCCUGGGUCGAGCAUCUAACAGCUUGAGACCUGCACUCAUUGAUGCAGCCAAGGCAAUGCUCGAAGGUUGAUGCGGUGCUGCUCAAAUGUAAUGGAAAGUGUGUGGGAUAGGAAAACUGUACUAAACAGGAGUUUAAGUGUGUUCAUGGUCUAAGGUAGGAGCUCUAUCCAGAAUCAGAUGAUGAGCUAGAAUUUUGUUGCGAUUUUUUUUCUUAACCUUGUGAAGUGUGAACAUGUUGCUAUUGGCCAUCAACAAAGUUUAGCCUCCCCUCUGCCCCCUUUUUAGUCGUCAUUA